UAUAACGAUGAUUGUUUGGAAAAUUACAUUGAUUUAAACAAGCUUUAUAAUGAUAUUAAUGAUUUACUAGAUUGUGAUAAACUAGAAUACUAUAAGAAAGACAAUAUUCAACCACCAGCUUUAUUAGAGAUAGGAAUGAUGUUUGAUAGCUUUGAUUAUGCAGAGCAGUUUCUUAACCAGUAUGCAAAAGACAAUAGGUUUGUUGUUAUAAAGGAGCGAUGUGAAAAGGAUAAGAAUGACAAAUCAAUUAUUGUAAGAAGAACGUUUGAAUAUCACCAUGGUAGAAGUAAAAAAUCAAAAAAAGUUGUUGAUAUUAUGCAACAAAGAGAUCAUAUAUCAGAAAAAAUAAAUUGUCUGUGGAUGUGUAAUAUUAACAAAAUAAAAAGCAGUGAAUCCGUAAAAGUUACUAGUUUUGAUUCAGAAUACUCACAGCUUAAAGAAUAUCAGAAUAGUGUGCCUACUAGAGGAUUACCAAUUGUGUCACAAGUUAUAUUUCCUCAAAUCGAUUCUAUAUUAAUUAAGUUUGUAAUAUCUCAUAUAUUGUCGAUACAAAGACAACAAAUGAAUAAAUCAUUACUUUAUUGUGCAGUACGUUUAGAAGUAUCUGAGUUUAAUAAUAACAAGCAACAAAUUAGCUAUGUUGAUUUAUUAUCAAGUUAUUCAUAUAUUUCUUUAGCAAUUACAACAGAUAUAACAACUUCACCAGAAGAAAUGCAUAAUUCAUUCAAUUUGGAAUAUCUAAAGCAGAUGAGAAGUAAUAAUAUGAUGAGUUCAGAAAUGUCACAUAAUGUUAGUAAAAAAAUGAGAUAUUUAACUAGAUUUGGAGUUCUUAAAAAAGCUCUAAAUUUGUCUAUUUCUUUGAACUGUGAUGAUGAAUUGUUGAAUAUUUUAUAUUACUUUAUUGAAGAUAAGCAAAAAUUAAGCACUAAUUAUUCUACAAUUAAUAAUGAUAACAACAAAGAUCACACAAAUACAAAUCAGAAUUCGGAUAAUUCUUAUGUUUCUAUUCAAGUAACUGAUCUUCUUGUAGUUUGA